CUCAGAGGCAGGAAAUGCUUCCAGGCAAUCUGGGCCUGGUUGUGGAGGCCCCUUUCGCAAAACAUCAGUCUGAAUUUAGUAGACAGAAGUCACUAGGAACGCCUUGACAGACUCCUGCGUUAGCGAAGGCUCCCUCCAGCUGCAGAGGGUGUUUUUGUUAGAAUCACACACUGCGUAAAACUGCUUAGAAUAGAGCCAUGAUCUCAGCCACGAAAUGUGAACUUAUAUUUUGGAGAAACUAACGGGAACGGACUUCUCUCCUAGACUGAGUGUUGAACACUGUCAUGCCUUGGAGUUUCAGCUCCUCGAUCUCUAGGUGGUGAAAUGACAAAACUCACUCUCCUCUUCAAUUAGUGAAUUUGAAGUAAUAUUUCAUCAAACUCCAUCUCCUGUAGUCUCAUAUGGAAUGUAUCUCUCUAUCUGUUGUUAAACUACGAUGACAUGUCUGUUGCUAUCAGAAAGAGAAGCUGGGAAGAACAUGUGACCCAAUGGAUGGGACAGCCUUUUAAUUCUGAUGAUUAUAACACAGCAUGUCAUCAUGGACUAGGAGCUGACAGCUUGCAGGCAAGUAUGGAAAAAGAUGCAACUCUAAAUGUGGACGGCAAAGAGAAGUGUGCUUCACUACCAGACUGCUGUCCUGGAUCAGAGCUGAGAGAUUUUCCUGGGAGGCCAAUGGGUCACAUUUCAAAAGAGGUGGAUGAAAAUGACAGCCAAGAAGGUGAAGAUCAGUUUCUUUCUCUGGAGGCCAGCACGGAAACACUAGUGCACGUUUCUGAUGAGGAUACCGAUUCCGAUCUGUAUCUUCCAGAUGAUAAACAGAUUUUAAUUACCCAAGAGCGUAAAACAUCAGACCAACAUAGUGUCACAGGAGCGGGCUCCUUGGUAAAGACACUGCCCAUUAUGGAAAGUAACCAAGAUUCUUAUAACUCCUGGGGAAUGGCUGCUGGAGCUGAUUUAGUGCUGGUAGAAGAAAGGGGGGAGAGAAAAGUUGUCGACAUUAUAAGUAAAAGCCUGGAGCUUUGUAAUGAUAUAAGCUUAAGUGAAAUAAAAGAGGCAUCCAAAAUCAGUGCAUGCGAUUCUUUGAAUGUGAAAGAUAUUGUGCCUGAGAAGCAAUUGCUUAAUUCUGCUGUAAUUGCUCAGCAACGAAGGAAACCCGACUUCCCUAAAGAUGGACAUGAAAGAAACACCUGCAGUCUAGUCCAAGAUGAGUUCUUGGCUAUUCCUUGUACAGACAGAGGACUGCCGUUAUUGAAAGCAGAUUCUGGAAGCUGCCUUCUGCAGCCUCCUUCCUGCCCUAGGGGAAUGUCAGCUGAAAAUGACCUGGAGAAGAGUGGUUUCUCAGAACAUCAAAACAAAAGUCUUCCAAGGGUCAACUCAGGAGAUGGUAUGCAGUGUUUACACUUAAAGGAGACUCUGGCCACCCAGGAACCCACAGAUAACCAAGUCAGACUUCGCAAAAGAAAGGAAAUAAGAGAAGAUCGAGAUAGGGCGCGGCUAGACUCCAUGGUGCUGCUAAUUAUGAAACUGGAACAGCUUGACCAGGACAUAGAGAACGCUCUCAGCACCAGCUCCUCUCCGUCCAGCACACCGACGAACCUGCGGCGGCACGUUCCUGAUCUGGAGUCAGGAUCUGAGAGUGGAGCAGAUACCAUUUCAGUAAAUCAGACACAAAUAAAUUUGUCUUCUAACACUGAGUCCACUGACCUACCCUCUUCCACCCCAGUAGCCAAUUCUGGAACCAAACCCAAGUCUACGGCUGUUCCAGGUAUUUCAGAGAAGGAAAAGGCUGGUAAGUUGACAUUUGGUUGUGUUUUCCUUCCUAUCUAUUUUAGAGUAAAAUUCCAUCGGUAUGUAGACGUUUCAUGAAAUAUCUAAAAUGUAUAAAUCUCAUCAGUCUCUGGGCAGUUAUUGUUGAGCUCCUGAAAAAUAAGUUUGUUUUGCUCAAAAUGUAAGAAAAAAAUGUAAUUUUCUAAUAUAACACAAUAUUGUGUUAGAAUAAGAUGUGUGCUUCUUGUAGCCUUACUACAAGUUGUAACUGCAACCACAACUUUUUUCUUGAGGAAAAGAAUUAGGUGUUGUUCAACGUACUGGAGAAUGGUCUUUGGAAAUAAGUUGUUAAUAAUUAUCAAGAUUUAUUUCUUAAUCUUAAGUAGCUUAUUUAGUAGUCAUGGAAAAAAGUGUACUUGUUUAAAGCUGAUGCUAUACUAUCAAAAAUGUAAGUGUAAAGCAAUAUGAAUAAGUGUAUUGAAGAAAAUAUAAUAAUAUGUUUCUAUGCUCUGUGCUAUGAUUAUAACUAUUUAACAGUAUUGUGGAAAAAUAGAUAAAAACUGAAGAGAAACAUGGAAAUAUGAAAACAUUAGACUUGAAUUAGUGGGAUCAUAUGCUUUUUAAAAAUCUAUUGAUCUUCUUCAAUUUUGUCUUAUGUUUUCUGUGUAAUAAUAAUACUUUUUAAAAAUCAGAUUAAAAGUACACUA